AUGGGUUCGGGUUCGGGUUCGGAUUCUAAUGGAUGGAACCGUGCCCGAGGGUUGGCGGUUAAGACUCUGCUACUCAUUGGUGGCGCACUUCUUGUCAAGCGACUCCGCAAAUCCACCACGCGCUGGGACCAUGCCCAUUUCGUCUCUAAGUCCCUCACCGGCCAAAAGUAUUCACAAGAUCAAGCCUCCAGAGACCCUGAUAACUAUUUCAAUAUAAGAUUGCUUACAUGCCCCGCAGCAGAGCUAGUGGAUGGUUCUAAAGUGUUGUAUUUUGAACAAGCUUUUUGGAGGAGUCCACAAAAACCCUUUCGGCAGAGGUUUUUUCUGGUGAAACCUUGUCCGAAAGAGUUGAAAUGUGACGUUGAGUUAAGUGCAUAUGCCAUUAGAGACAUGGAGGAGUACAAGAAUUUCUGUGAUCGACCAAGGGAUCAGCGUCCACAGCCAGAAGAAGUCAUCGGAGAUAUUGCAGAACAUUUGACAACAGUACAUCUUAAGCGUUGUCCACGCGGAAAACGUUGCUUAUAUGAAGGUUCAACUCCACCUGGCGGAUUUCCUAAUUCAUGGAAUGGAGCAAGCUACUGUUCGUCAGAAAUUUCAAUUAUGAAGAACAAUGAGAUACACACCUGGGAUAGGGGUUAUGAUGACGAUGGAAAUCAAGUUUGGGGACAAAAAGAAGGCCCUUAUGAGUUCAAGCCUGCUCCAACCUCCAGUUUUAAUGAUAUGUUUUCUCCCUUGAAUUUUCCCCCUCCACCGUCCACUGAGAGAAGAAUAGAGGGUUCAUUUGUUUUGCAAGAAUGA